GAGGUGCACCGUACAGUUUUUACAGGUCACAUCGUAUUGGCUUCACAGCAGGUUGUGUGUGCUGGACGUAAACCUUCCCGAACUAUUGGAGCAUGCAUAAUCAAAACCAUUCUCUAACCUGGUGUUUCCUCACUGAGUCAGUGGCUUACUGAAGAGUACAGAGGCAGGCUUCAAAAACUUCAUUAGCUCAUUGUUGCCAGGCUCCUUUGUAAUCUCUGUGUUUCUUAGGAAACUCUGGGUGGAGGAAGGAGACGGCCCCUGUCAACAAACUUAUGUGGUUAAAACUGGGUGGUGGAGUGAACUCCUUGGAAUUUACCCCAGUGUGUGAGGCAAUGAGGGACAGCCCCCUUGUUGAAGAAAACUGUGGUAUGUAGCCAUGACAAUAAACCAUUGCCCAGAAAGUGACUGUGUUGAGUACAGUAUCACCAUCACAACCUCUGAUUUAUUUAUUGUGUAUUUGUUUGAUUAUUAUUACUGUUAGUAGAAGUAAUAAUAGUGUUUGUUAUUAUAAUUAUUUUUUAGCGAGGAUACAUAUAUUGAAAUGUACUUAUUCUGAUAUUCCUCGUGUUCUCUUUGUGAUAACUUACUUCACAUUCUUGUAGGUCUGGAUCAUAAUAUAAUAGAUUAAUGGUGUUCCCCCUUGGAGGACCCGGAGAGGGAUUACCCCCUUUUUUUUUUCCAGGGCAACACCCAUAAUAUGAAACACUUGUUGGCGGUGCAACACUUGGGGAAACGACUCCACUUCUUACAGGAGGUGGGACUACUGAGCUUCUCUUACCGGGGGACAUACUGGGGGAGUUUCUGUUUAUUUACCGCUCAAUAAAAGAAAAACACAUAUUUUAAACUAAGUCGUUUAAGAAAAGUGACAAAAUGGAUUUUGUUUGCAGGUUUUCCCUUUGUUCCCUCUGAAACCUCUGUCUGUGUUUGUUGGCUUCUUGUCCAUCCUGAAUCUGGAUAACAUCUACGUCAAGAGUGACUAUUUUAAAAGUGAAGCCUGUUUUGCCUUUCAAAAUAAGACACUUGUUUAUACUUCAUAUUUAGAUGAAUUGCUAUCCAAACAACAAUAAGGACAUACAAAGAGGUAGAUACAAAAUGAAACAAUGAAAGCAUACAAAACUAAUAUUUUAACUAGUCAGUGAAGCCAUACAUUCACAGGUAUGUAGUACCAUACAGCCUCAGGAAUUCAAAGUAAGUGUACACAAUACAUCAAUAAUAUGUAACGCUAUACAUCUGUUAUAUUUUACUAAAUGUUAGACUACCUUUUAAUUAUCAAUGAGUUCAUUACGUUUAAAUAUUAGCCUACUGUGUUUCUGUGUGCUUUUAUUUUGAAGGCAACUCUUGUCUCGCUUCCUCUCAUUCUGGAUGUUGAAGUUAACUUUGCCAAAAUGAAUAGUACUCUCGUGAUGCGUUCAGGGGAGGAACACUGUGGACCGGCAGCGGAGCGACUUGCGUCUCUCUGGAGAAGUUGAAAGAAAGAGACAGAAUCUGGAUCAGGAUAUUGAGUUUCCUUCUGCAGCCCGGCAUGGAGGUUUUCCUGAACACCUGUGGACGGGGAACAGUCCAAUCUCUGCUGUUACUAUACCUCUUUAUCGUAAAGGCAGCAGCUGACUGCCCUAAACCUCAGGGGACGGAAACUAGUGUCUUAACCGACGAAGCACUUCUCAUGAAUGAUUUUCCAGAGGGUUCUCAGGUCACUCUAGAGUGUGCUAAUGGACUUGUUCAAGAAAGUGGCUCUGGGAUUAUGUCCUGUGUUAAUAAUAAUUGGACUGAACCAGAUCUCAUCUGCAAAAAGAAGGACUGUGGUGUCCCUAAACCUCAGCCGCAUAUGACCUUUGAUACCAGCGCUGGUACCCUGUUUACUGCUGUGAUAAAAGUCAUUUGUGAUAAAGGUUACUGGAUCAGCGGAGCAAGCUACAAACAGUGCUACGCGACAGGGUGGAGUGCCAAAGGUGCCAAGUGCAAAAUUGUAACAUGUGCUCCACCUGCUGAAGUCAUCAAUGGCAAAAGCUCGUGGGAUUCUCAAGAUGUACCAAGAUACGGGGAAAUCAUUCAGUACGUCUGUAACGACGGAUACACCCUCGUUGGGAGAGACAGCAUCAAGUGCAAUGAAUCUGGUGGAUACGAUCCUCUGCCUCCUUCAUGCGAUGGUGUAUCAACCAAAGCUAUAAUUAGACCAACAUCUACACCUCCUGCACAAGAUUCGUCUGCCACACCCACAGCUCACAGAGAUGACACUGUCACAAGUAGAGCAACAGCAGCUGUCUCACCUUCAGUGCGAGGUGGCAGUGACAAUUUGACAGCUGAGGGUAAAGCGACUACCAGUGUCACAUCAAUGUCGUCGUCGUCGUCGUCGUCGUUUCAAGACGAGCAUGUUGAGGUUACUAACAAGGAUAUCGGAUACAUGCCCGUUAUAGUCAGCGUGAUAUGCGUUUCAUUAGUUGGGUGCAUAGUUGUAAUCGUUUUACACAAGUUUCUUCUGAAGAGAAAAGGCUCAUAUGACACCAGAGAAGACCUGAAGCCGGAGUUAUUACAGUUCCAAAAUCUUUAGAUUGCCUGCCUGACUAAGCUCUGCAACUGGAACCGUGCCUAUCUAUUAAAGAGCAUCUGUUGGCCGGGAGGGACGCGCCAACAAACUGCAGCGGUGCCUCUCGGAGGCGAUGGGGGGGGGGAAAAAGAUAACUCACUUUAAUGUUAUUGCACUUCAAAUGGCAGAUACGCAAAUCUGUGAAGUAUUAAUUUAAAUCCACAUCCACUGAUGAAAAGCACUUUUUUUUUUUUAAUGAUUUUUUUAUUGCCACAUUAUUUUAACACAUUGUAAAUACUUCAUGCAACUAUAGUAUCGCUAUUUUGUACCAUAUUUAUGUUGUAAACUGGAAUAAACUCUUUAACAUUGCC